GGGGAGGUUGGUUUGCUUCAGUUCUGCAUUCUACCGUUUUUUAAGUUUCUUCUUCUAAGAAGAGUGAGAAGGAUGAGAAGAAGUUAACCUUCAUAGCAAUGUGUGGUGAUUCACUUCUCUUGCUUUGUAAUCUUUGUCCAUCUUCCUUAGUGUUUAUUUUUUUAUAUAUUCUUCCAGACAGGUCCAGUCUGUUUCCCUCAUGGGUUUUCCAUAGUUCCUUUUCAGCAGGAAUGUCAAUUUGUCCAUUUUUUUUUAUUUCUAGUACUUUCUAUAUCCAGAGCUGUCUUUCAGUGAUAGAGUCUUGAACCUUGGAAGAAAGGACCAUUUUGUGACAAGAAUGCUUAUCUCCCAUCACCAAGUUCUGCUCACCACAAAUUCCUAUCUCCAAGGACACAGCAAAAUGAUGAAAUCUGGAGGGCUGGGCCCAUGUCUAAAAGUCUGUAAAACCUUAAUAUAAAAAGCAUGUUUUUGUAAACUAGAUUAAAGCCCAAAGAAACACAUUGCAAGUAAAUUGUCAAGAACAUUGUGUAUCGGUACAGUGUACCUAUGAAGUGGGUACAAUUUUUUAAUCCAUGUAGGUCAGAGCUUUACAAACAUUUCAUAUUGGUGACAUACCUUUUUAGGCAAGCGUCAUUUUGUGACACAUUAAUUUAGCUUAACUAGCAAACCAGAGGUUAAACCAACUCUUACAAGAGAUAUGGACACAUACAUGGAUUGUAAUAAUAAAAGGUAUGGGGACAUGUCAUGAAAACUUUUCAGGUAUAUUUAAUAUAUACAUAUACACAUACAUAUAUAAUUUAUUGAUUAUUUCACACAAACGCAGAGGUUCCUCACUAUUUUCAUGCAACACAACGAUGCACUGCAGCCAACACACUAACCUUUCUCAACACACUAACCUUUCUCAACAUACAGUUUCAAUAGCUCUGAUGUAGAGAAACCCUUCUUCUGCCUUCAGAUUGCAUGCAUAUUUUAAUGUUCUAAUACAGAUCUGGUUUUUCAGACAAGAUACAUAUUGUGGUUCCCGGGAGCAGCCCCAGGUAAAUGACAAAACUCUGACAUCUUUGUCUGGUCACAGAUUGGUGAUCACUAGUAUUAAUAGAGAGGAUUAACCAUUGCAAGCAGGCCAGUAGGAUGCAAAGCUUCUACUUGUCUCCUUAAGAUUCCCUGCUGCUUUAUGAGUCUCAGGGCUCAGCUCUGUAGAACAGAGGGAGAGAGCAAGGGGGUGAGAAAGGCAGAGGUCAAUUUCUUUCUGUUUGUCCCCAGGACUUAGGAAGAAGGGCACGUUCUGGGUCAAGGACUGCAGAAAAUGUCUCUCCAGGUUUCUCCCCAGGCACCAUGGAGGAACAACAAUGUCACUUUUUCAAACAAAGAUGUCCCUGUCUCGGAACAAGGAGAGACUAUUAUUGGCUUCUAUCUUCUGGCUCUAGGUUGGAUGUCUUGGUUUGGCAACAGCAUUGUAAUCUUUGUACUAUAUAGACAGCGAGCUGGACUUCAGCCGACAGAUUACCUGACAUUUAACCUGGCUGUAUCUGAUGCCAGUGUCUCUGUUUUUGGUUAUUCCCGGGGGAUAAUAGAAAUUUUCAAUGUAUUCAGAGAUGAUGGAUUCCUUAUCACAUCGAUAUGGACUUGCCAGGUGGAUGGAUUUCUGACGCUACUGUUUGGUCUUGCAAGCAUUAAUACACUGACAGUGAUUAGCGUGACCCGAUAUAUAAAAGGAUGCCAUCCUGACCGAGGACAGUGUAUCAGCAAUAGCAGCAUCUCUGUGGCUCUUUUUCUGAUAUGGAUUGCAGCUUUCUUCUGGUCAGUAGCUCCAGUCCUGGGAUGGGGCAGUUAUACAGAUCGCAUGUAUGGAACUUGUGAAAUCGACUGGGCAAAAGCCAACUUCUCAACAAUCUACAAGUCUUAUAUUGUGUCCAUAUUCAUCUGUUGUUUUUUCCUACCUGUGUCUGUCAUGGUUUUUUCCUAUGUGUCCAUCAUUAAUACAGUCAAGUCAAGCCACGCUCUAAGCGGAGUGGGUGACCCAACGGAGAGACAGAGGCGUAUGGAACGAAGUGUCACAAGGGUUUCUGUUGUGAUCUGCACUGCCUUUAUCACGGCCUGGUCACCGUAUGCUGUCAUCUCCAUGUGGUCUGCCUAUGGUUACACUGUGCCCAAUUUAACUAGCAUCCUUGCCAGCCUUUUUGCGAAGUCUGCCAGCUUUUACAAUCCCAUCAUUUACUUUGGAAUGAGCUCCAAAUUCCGAAAGGACAUCUUCGUCUUGCUCCACUGUGCCAAAGAGAUCAAGGAUCCUGUGAAGCUCAAACGGUUCAAGAACCUCAAGCAGAAACAGGAAGUUUCACCUUCUCAAAGAGAAGAAAAAUACGCUGCAGAUGUCCAGCCUGCUCUAAGCCCUGAUUCUGGGGUAGGGAGUCGUUCAAACACUCCUCCCCCAGUAAACAGGGAAGUGUAUUUCGGUGCUUUUGAUACCUUUUCCAACAAUCCUGAUGUUGAAUGUGACAGACUGUGAGCACACUCCCUGCUCACAUGGUCCAGCCGGGGAAUGCAUCCAAUAGAACAUGUUUGCCUCCUCCAGUUGGGUCUCCUACAUGUAUGUUGGACUACAGUAGCCAUCGGCCCACACCAACCAGUGUCUGGGUGAUGGGAAUUGUAGUACAACGCAUCUGGAGAUCCUCUUACUGGAGUACAGAUUGGUCAAUAAUUACCUUUCAUCUUUUCCUCAGGUAUGAAUAUGGCAUACACUAGUUUGUCUGAAAUGGAGGGAAAAAAACAUUUCUGAAGUUGUGUGCAGAGUAUGUAGAAGGGUUAUAAAAUUGCUAUGUAGACAAUUAAACCUGAAGGAGGGUGGAAUACCUUGUAUGCAUAGGGAUUCAUUUUCCCCUUUCCAGCUGCAAGCCUGAAAGACUUUUGUAGAAAAUCUGCCUGCUGGCAUGUAAAAAAAAGUUACUAAUAUUUUCCCUAUCUAAUAAUAGAAAUUGAAGUUACAUAUUUUUCUGCCAUUUCUAUUCCUCACCCAGAGUUCUGGCUUCACACAGUUUACUCUCAGCUCUCAAACAGUGCAUUUAGUCAAGCGACAGUUGGAAAAGCAAGUUUUCCCCCAAUAGCACUGGGUUGCUGCUUCAUAUUCGGCCACCAGAGGGUGGGCAGAAAUUAAAGUACAGCCUUGAAGUUCCUUAUUCCUUCUGGCAUCCCUCUUUAUUCUUUCUGGCAUCCUUUUUUUUUGGCUCAUGAAGAAAAAUCAAAAGGUUACUUUCCUUUUGUUGUUGUUGUUGUGUGCCUUCAAGUCAUUUCGGACUUAGGGCAACUCUAAGGUGACUAUAUCACAAGGCUUUCUUGGCAAGAUUUGUUCAGAAGGGGUUUGUCCUUACUUGCCCAAGAUCUCCUAGUGGGUUGCUCUGAGUCUUUCAGGCUGCAUGGCCAUGUUCCAGAAGCUUUCUUUCCUGACGUUUCGCCCACAUCUGUGGCAGGCAUCCUCAGAGGUUGUGAGGUAUGUUGGAAACUAGGAAAAGGGGGGUUUAUAUAUUUGUGUAAGAUCCAGGGUGGGAGAAAAAACUCGUGUCUGUUGAAGGCAGAUGUGAAUGUUAUAAUUAAUCACCUUGAUUAGUAUUUGUUGGCCCUGUGGCCACAAGCAUGUGGACAAUUUCAAGAGAAAGGAGGAAACCAUGAAAAUGAACAAAAUCUGAUCAAUAUUUUAAAAACCUCUAAAAUCAGAACAGUAAAUAAAGAACAACACUCCGAAAACAGAGAAAUUCUAGACCUGAAACAAUCAGGAACAGCUAACACCUUCAAACAAAGGAUUCUGCCAGGCAGGAAGAAGCCAGGCCUUGAGGCCACAGGGCCAUCAAAUGCUAAUGUGAUGAAUUGCAACAUACACACCUGCCUGUAACAGACAAGAGUUCCCACCCUUACACAAAUAUAUAAACCGUCCUUUCCUAGUUUCCAACAGAUCUCAUAACCUCUGAGGAUGCCUGCCACAGAUGUGGGUGAAACAUCAGGAGAGAAAGCUUCUGGAACAUGGCCAUACAGCCCGAAAGACUCAGAGCAACCCAGUGAUUCCACCCAUGAAACCUUUCAACAAUACAUCUAGUGGGUUUCCAUGGCCAAGCAGGGAUUUGAACCCUGGUCUCCAGAGUUGUAGUCCUAUGCUCCAAACCAUUAUGCCAGGCUGGCUUCUUCCUUUACUAUGCUAAUUUUUGAAAACAGGGAUUGAAAUGGCAGAUACAGGCAAGCAAAAAGAAUUCCUGCUCUGAUUGAAGAAAUUGCUUCAUGGCAAACUGUGAUGGGUGGUAUGAUUUAUUUUUUACACUUUCUUUUGGCAAGCAGGGCAAGGCCAUAAUAUUCCUAGUUAUGAGUGUCUGAGUCUUAUAUAAUUCAUCUAUUUAGCUUGGGCCAUCCCCAGAAAAUGUGCUGCAUGAGGCAAAGGACAAAAUGGAAAAACACACAUGCAGCUAAAUCGUACUUGAAGGCUAGUUUAAGGGACAUAGGAGAUAUUGCUCUCCAAAAUAGGGAAAUGAACAAUUGAGCUCAAAAGAAAGAGCUGGAGGGAGGCAGCAUUUGCCACCAGAGGCACUUGCCUCACUCUGCCCAAUUUUUAGGGCUGACCAUGAAUUCAUGGAGGAAUAACCAAAAUACACAGAGACGAAGCUCAGAAAAGUGGUCAUUCUGGCUGAUGGAUAAUGGGAGUUGUAGUUCAAAAAUAACUUACAUUUUUCCAAGUUCUGCAAGUGGUGCUAAAACUAGUAGGAACAAUCACUAUAGUUGGCCAGCAAUGGUAUCCAACUUCUUUGAAGCACAGAUUUUCUGGUACUUUCCCUUCUUCCUGAGAACUUGUCUAAGCCAAAGAAUCUUCUCAAGUCCCAAGGAUCAAAAAUAACAUCCAUACAUAGAAAGAAAAAAGAAAUAUCUCUGUGUUUUACAUUGCCUGCUCAUUCAUGCAAAACUGCCAGACAAUGUCAUAAUAUAAAUGAAGAGGUAUAUCUGAUAAAGAUCUCUCUGAAAUACAGUAGGCUCCAGUAUUUGCAGGAUCAGGAUCGGUAUCUGAUUUCAUUUAUCCAUGCUGUACAAAAUAUUUACUCUAAGCAUUUUCUAGGUCGUUCAGCACAAUUCUACAGUAUCCUACAACCAGAAGGCCUUCAUUUCAAUAGGAGUCACUAUUUUCUGAGAUUUUGCAUUUCCAUGUGAAGCCUGGGGACAUAUCUCCUUCAGAUACAUAGCUCAUGCUGUAUUGUUUGCAUGGAAAUAUGUACCCAAUGAUUGAAAUUUUGGUUUUGGCCAUUAAUUGAGUGGGGAAAUGUUACUAACAUUUUUUAAAACCUGUGGAAUUUUACAGUCCCCAAAGAGGGAGGGGGCAGGGAGAUAGGCUAAUACGUUUUUUGCAAAAUUAACCUUUUUUGAUUUGUAUUUGUUGGGAUGGUUACAAAAAAAUCCACCUUCCUUUCCUCCCUUGGCAUAUUUGGUCUGAGAUUAUCAUCUCUAAUUUCAAUUCUAAACAAAUAAACUUUCUAAGCAAUAAGAAAGAGAACGA